AUGUCGCAGAAGCCUCAACCAAAAGCGUCUCCCGGAGUGCUUGCUAUAAACGCAGCAGCAACCCAAAAAGCUGCUCCUCCGCCCGCACCAUCCAAAGAACACUCGAGCAAAGCAAAUGCUCCCCGACUAAAGCUCCAUGUCAGGCGUCUGCCGCCUGGAUUGACACAGGUCGAGUUUGAGUCCGCCUUGGGAGACCACUGGAAAGCCGGACGAGGUAAAAUCGACUGGUUUCUCUUUAAAGAGGGGAAGGUCUCGUCUGAGUCAGUGUUCCAGUUAAACAGCUACGACCCUUCGAAACCAUCGCGCCCAGGGAGGGCCUAUCUGCGAAUCAACUCAUCGGUAACUAUUCCGGAGCUCUCAGACGUCAUCCGCCAAACGUCCUUUCAGGAUGCACGGAAUACCUAUAAUGACCCUGCUUUACUUGGGCCGCCAACACUUGAAUAUGCCCCCUUUUCACGUGUGCCCAGUGGAAAGGUUCGAAAUGAUGCUCGCGUGGGCACUAUUGAUCAGGAUGCGGAAUUCAUAGCCUUCCUCGAGAGCUUGACGAACCCAGUUACCAAGCCAUCCGACGAGGAGACAACUGAGAGUGCGGAAAAGGCAGAGAAGCCGACUAUCACACCCCUGAUCCAAUAUCUAAAAGAGAAAAAGGCGAAUAAGGCGAAGGAGGCGGCUGCCGCAAAAUCAUCAAAACAAUCCCGAUCUGCCGCUGCAAAGGAGAGCAAAGCUGAAAAGUCUAUUGGGAAGAAACAGCUUCUCAGCCGUGCAGACAAGCCAGUCUCAGAGAAACAGAAAAAGGAUAAGGCUACAAAGGACGCUGCCGUAAAGGAUGCUCGGAAGAGGGAAAGAGGAAGCCUCAGUGCUGCCACCAAGAUCCUACGACGAGACCUGGGUCUUACUCCUCCUACAAGAAAAAGAGAGAAGGCUGGCCAGUCACCUUCUCCAGGGCCUAACGGCAACCCUGUUAGUGAGGACACGAAGAAGGAUCAGCCGUCAAGCUCCAAGCCGGAGGAUAAUAAUAAACCAGCGUCAACUACGCUCAAGGGCAAGAACAGUGCUGAUUCAACGCCAAAGUCAACGCCGGGCAAACAACUCAAAAAUACUCCACCUACAGAGCCAGUGGCAUCUCGGACCGCAGCAGCAAGAAGAGCAGCAACCCCCCCGUCUACCGGUCCAUCUCCAAACACGAAGGCGUCAUCAGCUCCCAAGAACCAGCAACAGCAGCAACAAUCCUCUCAGGCACCAUCCUCAAAUGGAACCCAAGCGUUCUUAAAACAUGCCAACCCUUCCCAAGGAGUGACGGAGGAUCUACUCCAGAAAGGAUUCUCACAGUUUGGCAAGGUCAUACGUGUAGAGAUUGAUAAGAAGAAAGGUUUCGGUUACGUCGAUUUUGCAGAACCGGCAAGUCUACGGAAAGCAAUGGACGCGAGCCCGGUAUCUAUCGCCCAAAGCCAGGUCGUCGUGUUGGAGAGGAGGACGUCAGCCGCUGUAGCACAGAACAGAGGUGGCCAUGCCAACCGUGGUGGAGGUGGAGGGCAUGGUCCAGCCCAUACCCAAACCCCGUCACAGUCAUCUCAAGGAUCAAAACCAUCGCAGGCAGCAUCCACUACGCCUGCACCUACACCAGCUACGCCCCCUACAUCUCGAGGAGCCCCACAAGGUUCUCGUGGUGGAAGAGGGCCGAGAAGAGGCCACGGCCGAGGGGGUAGAGGGGGUGGCCGUGGUAAAUAA